GCUCUCGCUAGGGUUUACUCAGCUGUCCUUGAGCUAUUGAUCUUGAGCAUGAGGUGGCAGCUCUUGGCAGACACAUUGCUAUCCCUCAGAGCUAUUCCUGAUGAUGAUAAGGAAAUGGCAAAACUUCUUGCUGAUUAUCAAGACAUGUUUGGCCUUCUGCACAUUCACAAAGUGGGUCGCCUAAAUUCUCAGGUUCCUGUUAUCCUGGAAGGAACUACAUAUUCAUUGAAGGUCAUUUGCAGGGAGACCCUGGUUUUGGAGCGGUUAAAUCAAGCUCCUGUUGAUACCUCUGGUGGAGGUUCUUCAGUAGAUUGUUCUGGAUCUUCCAGUGCACGUUUACUUGAUAUUUGAUAACUCUUUGGGCAGAUUGAAAAAAUUGAAGGGUAGCUAUACAGAGGAAGUAAACCAUAGAUCACAUGUGGUUUACUAGAAACCACAGGGACAUCUGCCGUCCUUUCCUGAUUAUCAACGGUGUAGAGUAUCUGUGCCCAGGUAAAUAUCAUUUGUCAGGAGUCUCAGUGAAAUCCCCACCAUUCGCCAUCAAGAAUGGAUUGUUGGAUAAUCCCCGAGGUGUAUGGCACACCAUCCACGUUGGGGUAUGGUAUUCUCUCAUCUUUUCCAUACUUGCGUAUCGUAAUGGACGAGCAAUAGCUUUUUUACUUGAACAGAAAUUUGACGUUGUUGGAAAAGCUAGAGUUGCUAUUUAUACAUAUGGAAAAAUAUACAAUGAGACCAUUUGUUAGCUCAAAUAUUUUUUAACUUGAGCUUAGGAAUGGCACACCCAAUAUUUUUAACGA